UCUGAAGCUUUUAAGGUCUAAGGAAAAAAAAAACAUUUUUUUUUGUACUUUUGUUGGGGCUUGAAACUGGAGGUUUUGAUGGCGGAAAACGAGCGUUACGACAGGGAUAAUCAUCUGACUCUCACGGGGACCACCACGGCCAGUUUCUCCCACUUGCUGUUCGCUGAAGAAGACGACUCUCUCACUACUCUCGACGUCAGCCAGAUUUUCAAGUGCGGUUCCUCUGGUAAUUUUCCUGCCGAAAAGAACCCCAAAAUGCUCUGCUUCGGAGACUAUCCCAACAACGGGGACCAGCUAAUCUUCUCUAAAACGACGAGGGCGUCUCAGAAAUCGGGUCUCACUUGCAGCGGCUCGUCGUCCUCCACUUCUUCUACCAAUAGCGUCAUCAGCACCAUGUCGAAGUCGAUUAAUGUCAGAAAGCGAAACCAAGAAUUGGUUCAGUGCACGAGCACCGUCACCACAACAAGUGCAGUGGCUAAUCAGAAAGCCUCUAAAAAUAUCAAAGCAGAAAACCCCACCUCCACCGCUCCCCCAAAGAGAAAGGAGAAGCUAGGCGAAAGAGUCGCAGCUCUUCAGCAACUAGUUUCACCCUUUGGGAAGACUGAUACAGCAUCAGUGCUUUAUGAAGCAAUGGGAUACAUCAGAUUCCUGCAAGAGCAGAUUCAAGUUCUGUGCUCUCCUUACCUACAGCAAAACUUGCCUUUUUUAUCCGAUGGAGAUAAAGAGGAAGGUAAAAAUGGGGAGAAAGAAGGAAGAAAGGAUAUGAGGAGCAAGGGAUUGUGCCUGGUCCCAGUUGAGUGCACCGUACACGUGGCAAACACCAACGGUGCUGAUUUCUGGUCACCCGCUAUGGCCAGCAACGUUUCUUCCUCAGCGAAGCAGUGAAAUAUCUUCUUGCAAAGUAUUUUUUGAGAUCUGUACAUGGCUUUUAACUGGUAGUUAGCUCGCUUGGUGCUCAGAAUCCAAGUUUGGUACUUUAACCUUAAAAUCACGACUUGUAAUGGGAAAAAAAGGUCAAAAAAGGUGAAGAGAAAAGAACAGCAAAAAGAAC